GUAAAAUUGUGCAAAAUUUUCGUGAGAAUUUUCGACUUUCAUACAAAAGAUUAAUAUAAAAGUAUCAAUAUGGGUGUUCCUUCGGUUAGAAAUUCUGAAGCUAUGGAUGUUGAAAUAAUUUUUGAUGGUCAAAAUGGUGAUGGAGAUGUUUGUGAAAAAAAAGAUGCUGAUCUUCAAACAGUAUAUGAUAUUCGUGAGCAUACCCGUCAAAUAGAAAAAGCUAUACAGAGCAAAGAACCUCGUUUUAUUUUAAGAGCUUUGCGUACAUUACCGAAUACACGUCGUAGAUUAAAUUCAAAUGUUUUACGUGGUGUAAUAUUAAGUUUAUAUUCAAAACCAUGUGCAGAACGUGAUGCAUUAUUAUCAUGGUUAGAGGAAUCUACAGAAUCUGAAGAAACACAAAAACUUCGUAUUUCUACUAUGAAUCCAUUACCUGAAAUUGAUGCUUAUAUUCAUUUAUUAGUUCUUGUACGUUUAAUUGAUGCUAGAAAACAUGAAGAAGCUGUUCAAUGUUCUGAAACAUUAUUGCAAAAAAUUAUUGCUCAAAAUAGACGAACAAUUGAUUUAAUUGCUGCCAAAUGUUAUUUUUAUUAUUCAAGAGCGUAUGAAUUAGUUGGAAGAUUAGAUAAAAUACGUGGAUUAUUACAUUUGAGAUUAAGAACAGCAACACUUAGAAAUGAUUUUGAAGGACAAGCUGUUUUAAUUAAUUGUUUAUUGCGGAAUUAUUUACAUUAUAAUUUAUAUGAUCAAGCAGAUAAACUUGUAUUAAAAUCAACUUUUCCAGAAUCUGCUAGUAAUAACGAAUGGGCCAGAUUUUUAUAUUAUUUGGGACGUAUUAAAGCAGCUAGAUUAGAAUAUUCUGCUGCUCACAAAUAUCUAGUACAGGCUCUUAGAAAGGCUCCACAGAGUACUGCAGUUGGUUUUCGCCAAACAGUUCAAAAAUUAGCUGUUACAGUGGAACUUCUACUUGGAGAUAUUCCAGAACGUCAAACUUUUAGACAAGCUGCAAUGCGUCGUGCAUUAGCUCCAUAUUUUCAAUUGACUCAAGCUGUGCGUUUAGGAAAUCUUCAACGUUUUGGAGAAGUUUUAGAAAACUUCGGUCCACAAUUUAGAGCAGAUCAUACCUUUACUUUAAUUCUUAGAUUGAGACACAAUGUUAUUAAAACUGCAAUUAGAUCAAUUGGACUAUCUUAUUCCAGAAUUUCUCCUGCUGAUAUUGCAAAGAAACUUGGUUUAGAUUCUAGUGUUGAUGCAGAAUUUAUUGUUGCUAAAGCUAUUAGAGAUGGUGUAAUUGAAGCUACUUUAGAACCAGAAAAUGGAUACAUGCGUAGCAAAGAAACUACAGAUAUUUAUUGCACUAAAGAACCAUUACUUGCAUUUCAUCAAAGAAUUACUUUCUGUUUAGACUUACACAAUCAAAGUGUUAAAGCUAUGAGGUACCCUCCAAAAUCAUAUGGCAAAGAUCUUGAAUCAGCUGAAGAACGUAGAGAAAGAGAACAACAAGAUUUAGAACUUGCUAAAGAAAUGGCAGAAGAAGAUGAUGAUGGAUUUCCUUAAAUUGUUUUUUUGUUAAUAUAUUUAAUUAAUAGAAUGAUUUAUUAAAGAAAUUUUUCAUAUUACAUUUUCUUAUAUUUAACAGUUGUAUAAGACAAUUAUACAAUAUGAAUACAAAUUAA